AUGAAAUAAAAACUAUGGGUGGCUAUUCCCAAUGAAUUGAAGUGGAAAAAUGACAAGCCUCUAUUGAAAUCUGAAUUCUAAAAGCCCAACAAAAAGUCCAGGUUUUUGAUCGGUUAUGAUCAAUAUAUUCUAAUUACAAAAAAGCCUGAGGAUCCUCCCUUGAAAUAUCUCAAAUUAGACUUUGAGACCAAAUUUGAGGUUCUCAGAACACCAGUUUAAAAGAAGGAUGAAGAUGAUGAUUCCUUGGGUACAAUCAUAGGAAUGAUUCUGAUGAGAGAUCACGGAAAAGAUCAAUUGCCUAGUUAUAAACUAUCAGCAAAUGAAAAAGUGAUAGCAUAAUGGAGAGAGUUUUUUUAGCCCAGAAUUAAUUAAUGGUAAUUUCAUCAUCUUUUCAGAGUUUUUAAGAAAAUUGGAAAAGGCAAUUUUGCCUCUGUUUACUUGGGAGAACGCAUAGAGGACAAUACUUAAAUGGCUAUAAAAGCGUUUUCAAAAUAAGCUGCAUAUGCUGAGGAUCAUGGAAAAGAGGCUAUCGUAAAUGAAUUAACAAUUAUGAGAAAGCUAAACAACCAUCAUCUGAUGAGGAUGCAUGAGAUUUAUGAAACAUAAAACUCACUCUACGUUGCACUUGAGUUAUUAGAAGGUGGCUCAUUGUAUGAUUUGAUCAAAGAUAAGGUCAUAUUAACUACUAAAUAAAUGUAAUAAAUUUUGGUAGGCGUCCUAUAAGGAUUGUGUCAUAUGCAUGAAAAAGAAAUAAUGCAUAGAGACUUAAAGUUAGAAAAUAUUUUAUUCAAAUAACCAAAAAAAAUGGAAACAGUUGUUGUGGCAGAUUUUGGAUUGGCCACUCAUGUAAAUGAACCAGCUUAUCUGUAUUGUCGAUGUGGAACUCCUGGCUAUGUUGCUCCUGAAGUCAUAAAUAUCAAGGAUAUGAAAUCCCAUUAUAGUUCUGUUUGUGAUAUCUACAGUUUCGGGUUGGUCUUUUAUUUAUUAUUAACUGGCAAACCUGCCUUCCCUGGAAAGAGUUACAGCACUGUAGUCAAACAAAAUAGAGAGGCUACAAUUGAUUUCACCAUAAAAUACUUACAAAAUGCACCUCAAACUGCCAUUGAUUUAUUAAAAAGAAUGCUUGAAAAAGAUCCUACCAAAAGAAUAACUGCACAGUAAUGUCUUGAACAUCCUUAUUUGGCUGAAAUGAAUUAAAUAAUGUUGGAUGACCAUUCAAAUGAUUUCAUAGAUGAAGGAGAAGAAAAUGAUUUGGGAAUGAGAAUGAAUGCUUUGAAUGAAGAAUCUGCCAUUUUUGAUGCUGCAAGAAAGAAUCAAUUGCUUAAUUCGCCUUUACAAUCUCCAGGUGGUUUGGCUACUAAGUAAUUAAAGCAUUAAAAGAAUAUUGAUUCUUCUAAUCAAGUAUAAAUGAAUUCACCUCUACUGACAGGUAAAACUGACAGUGUAGACAGUAUUUCUAACAUUGGAGUUACUUAAAAGAAUUAGUAAAAUAACUUUUAAGCCUCCCCCCAAAUUAAGCCUUCCCGUUUUAAACAAAAUAUCCCAUAAUAAAAACAGGAAAAUCCAUUAUUAAAAUAUACUUAAAAGAGAGAAUGACAAUGAAGAGAUUUUGAUUAUUAUUAUUGUUCAAGAAUUCUUCUAUAAAUAAGUAACUAUUUUCUAAUA